CCACCUUCCUCCUUUUCCUUGGGAUCUUCAGGGCAAGCCCGAUCAGUCUUACCAGCAUGCGACCUCCUGCUCAGCUUCUCCUCCUCCUCCUGCUUCUUCAGUCUCCAGAGAACACAGUUUCACAAACGAGCUCAACCCCAUUGAUGGUGGCCAGUGUUCUGGGGGAGUCAGUAACUCUUCCCCUGAAGUUUCCUGCAGGAGAGGAGAUCGACUCCAUCACCUGGCUUCACAACGGAACAUCUAUCAUCUACAUAGAGCCAAAUGAAGCACGAAUCACGGUGACAGCCCCCAAAUGGAAAGAAAGAUUGAAGGUCACCCAGUCCUACUCCUUGCAGCUCAACAACCCGACAAUGGCAGAUGCAGGAUCUUAUGAUGCCAUGGUGGUCACAAUGAGCUCUUCAGUAUUUUACAGUUACACUCUGAGGAUCUUCAGGCAGCUGCGAAGGCCUCACAUUACAGUGGAUUCUGUCAUCUCUGAGAAUGGGACCUGUCAUGCCACCUUGAGAUGUUCUGUGGAGGAAGGAGGAGAGAAUGUCAUAUACCGGUGGACAUCAAUGGGACCAGGAGCUAUUGUGUCCCAGGAAGGAUCCAUCCUCAAUGACUCCUGGAGCCUUGAUGGUCUGGAUCAGAACUACGCCUGCACAGCUGUGAACCCUGUUAGCAAUAGCACCUCCAGCCUCAUCUUUGUUAAGCAGCUUUGUGCAGGUUCCAAGGCAGUUGUAGGUACUUACUGCCCAGUGACAUGGAUUCUGCUGGGGAAGGGGCUCCUUCUCCUCAUGUUCCUGGCGGUUCUAGGAACUUGGCACAUCCAGACACAUGUGUUCAGCAAACCCCUUAUGUCUAACUCAGGGCUAUGAAGGCCACCAGUGCCCCAGGAGAGCCUGGAUGAGGCCAUUACUUCUCUGUGGCUCACUUAAAUUACAUUACUGACCUGUACUCUUUUCAAGGUGUAGUACUAUGGAUUGUCAAAGACCAAUGGGAUAAAAUUUCAUAUCUUGCACUUGUGAGCCUAUG